AUGAAGAAAUCAUUUUAUCACAAUUUCGUCCCAUCCAAAGCAGAAGAACAAGUAUGUAAAACUGCCAAUGCCCUUUAUCAAGUCACUCGAGUACUCAUAGAGAUAAGGGACAUUUACCCUCCACCGGUACUCGAUUUCCAAAAUCCAUGGCAGAUCAAGAAAACCCUCACACACUAUGAGGUGAACACUUGCAAGAUUCGUAUCUCGUUUUCCGACAUGUUCGAGCACGUCUUUCGUUAUUGGAAUUUGUGCAUGGCCAACAAUGUGGUUUUGGGGCACAAGGUGAAUGUUAUUCUUUGGGAUGUGACUGAUCAUCACAACCCUAAGAGGUAUAGAAAUGAGAAUGUUUAUGUUGAAAUGUUGCCUAAUGAUGAUUACAUUUUAUGUUGCAUGGAAUUGUUCAAAGAUCUUGGUUUGAAUGUUGAUGAUGAGAUUGGACUGUAUUGGGAUCCUAGGGCUUCUACUUUUCAAUUUAAAUUAUUGUGUAAGACUUUAUAG